UGGUCUUAUAAAACUGAUGCAGCCUACAUGUAGUUCCCACUCCUAUCUCUCACACACAAACUCAGAGCUGCUGUAUCUGUGUAUUUCCUUAACUUCACAGGCAGCUGUUGUCAGAUCACUGCCAAAACCAACUGUCUGACGGACACACACCGGGCAGGCAUUUUCUAUCAGCACAGCAACCCAAGAGGGGCAGCGUCCUAACAGCUGUAAGAAAUGAACACCUCAUCGACGGAAUCUGUAUCUCUACUCUCCAACCAAUCCAAUGAGAGCUGCAGCAGCAGGGAGCCAGCACUGGAGAACAUCCUGUUUGCUGGCUUCUACCUUGUUGUUUUCCUAUUGGCUCUGAUUGGGAAUGGAUUGGCUCUCUUGGUGUUUUCUCGGCAGCGAGGACCUGAGUCUCCUGCAAAUGUCUUCCUGGUGCACUUGGCUGUGGCUGACCUCUCCUACGUGACCAUCCUGCCACUGCGAGCCACAUACCACUUAAUGGGAGGCCACUGGCCAUUUGGGGAAGUGCCUUGUCGGUUGGCAGGCUUCCUGUUCUAUGUAAACAUGUACGCCAGCCUUUACUUCCUGGCCUGUGUUGCAGGAGACCGGUACUUGGCCGUUGUACAUGCUGUGCGCUCAAUGAAGAUUCGCUACGCACGUUAUGCCCAUAUUGCCAGUGCUGCACUCUGGGUCCUGGUUACUGUGUCAAUGGUGCCUUUGCUUAUCACCCAGCAGACAGCACAGGUGGACAACACCACCAUUUGCCUGCAGCUGUACCGUGAGAAGACCUCUCGCCGUGCCCUGGUCUCCCUUGCUGUGGCCUUCACCCCACCCUUCCUCACCACCCUUGCAUGCUACCUGCUGAUUGCCCGCAGCCUACAACAGGGAGUGCGGCUUGAAUCAGAGCUUAAGACCAAGGCACUGCGCACCAUUGGGCUGGUGCUGCUUAUCUACCUGCUGUGCUUCCUGCCCUACCAUGUCAGCCGUGCCACCUUCAUCCUCUCACACGGGCAUCCUGGAGCCUCCUGCCAGGCCAGGAGAGGCCUGUUGCUGGGCAACAGAUUGACCUCUUCCCUGACUUGUCUUAAUGGUGCCCUUGACCCACUGGUUUAUCUCUUUGGCGCUGAGAAGUUCCGGGACAGUCUGAGACGUCUUCUCUGUGGAGAAAAGACUGGGCAGUCAGUGGCUACCAGUGGAGAAGGGAAGAGGACCCACGAGAGCUCAUUGAGCGCCAAGUCUGAGUUCUGAAGAGAGAAGAGGCUGGUCCUCAACCCUAAUGGAACAUUUCCACUUCUGUACCAAAUGUAAAGAAUAAUAAUUGUCGUGAUGAAAUCAAUAACUGUAGGCAGCUACCAUUUAAAGCUACAGUAAUAAGGACUAAUUUCAGUUUUGUCUGUUUGCUUUCUGUUGUUUAACAAUUGCAAGUUGCCCAUUGAUCCUCAGUCUUCCUAAGACAGUAUUUGGGUGACAUUCAAAAUUGCCAUUUCAAAUUGAGGGGAAAACGGGGGAAAAACACAUAAUUGGACACUUGUUUUACCCCUGUUCAAUAGCUUGGUCAGACUGUUUGUAUGAAUAAAAUUAAGUUUGAUAUCAUAUUUUGCGCCACAUACUUAUGUUGAAAUGAAAUCAUCAAUAGUCCAGAACAGUUUUAGGAAUAUCAAACUUGGUUUAAUGGUAAAACAGUAUACAUUUAAUUUGAAAAAGCAUUUUUUAAAUAACCCAUGAGCUAAAGGUUUGUGAAUAAAGCCCAAUGUUACAUUGAUCCAAGAACCACAGAGUUGCGUCCCGUAAGAACAGCUUAGCGCCUUCUUGCAAACCCACACUUACUGUAUUAGCAGGCCAUCGCUAAAUACUUUGGAUAUAUACGAUUCCUUAUAUUUAACAUUUGUCCGACACAAAAUUGUCAUCAUAUUAAACUGCAGCCCACGUUCCUAGUCACAAAAACAAACACAUUAUCUUGGGGUUCAUAGUAGGCAAAUGCAAUACAUUGUAAUGAGUGUAAUUUAUUCUUUGUUGUAGAAUGUGAUUAAAUAUUUUAAACAUUGCUUUGAUUAUAAAUCCAUCAUACAUUUUCACUAUCUGCAUGUAAACUUUGUGUUAUCAUGGCAUUCUUUGUAGGACUUGUUUUAGUAUUAGAAAAUGCAUUUAAUUACAUUUAAAAUAAACAUUCUUCAGUAAGUCUAUCUAAAUACUAUAGUAACCAAUACUGCUAUUACUGUAAUGUUAUAAAAUUUUGCCAUACACUGCAACAUGCAACAUCCUAUAUUACAAGGUACAGCAUCUGCUGUACAAGCAAAUUGUUGUUGACCAAAAACAUGUACAAAAAUAAGUUAUAAUAAAUAAUCAGGCUGUGAGGCGUGUGAGUACAAAUGGA